GUUAUCAAGGAGCGAAGGGAGGAAAAGUCCAGAGAAAAAAUUUCCGGUGAUUUUAAUGCAAAUGAAAGCCAAACAUGUGACGAUACUGGAGGAAAGAAGAAAUUAGCAUUUUUAGACCUUUUGAUGGAAGCUUGUGACUCUCAAUCCGUGCCUUUAUCCGAUAAGGAUUUAAGCGAUGAGGUCAACACUUUUAUGUUUGAGGUGGGUAAAGUCAUUAAUUAGAUAUUUCAUAAAUAUUAAUGCCAAAAAUAUAGUUCGUGAGGAAGCCUUUAUUUUUCAAAUCUAGUUAA